UGAGCAUAAAGCAUUGGGAUCGACGUUAGCGUAUUCAGGCGCGGUCUGAGGCAGAUGCCAGUUAUUGUACGGGAAGGUUAGCAGGCGGUCGCUUUGUUACUGUAGUAUUUUGAAGGAAAGCCAACGAAUCAACUGGAUUUAGCUUUACUUUUCAUUCGUGCACACCAGCCGCCCACUGAAGGCUUGGACGGAAAUACUUCACCUUAAAAAUGCCUCCUAUCGACAGUGAAACCGGGAAGAAUGAACUUAAAACUCGAAUACAAUCCCUUAUUGACUCAAACCAAGUGGUGGUCUUCAGCAAAAGUUACUGUCCAUAUUGCGUGACGGUUAAAGACUUGUUCAAAGAACUCAAAGUGGAGUGUAAUGUGGUGGAACUAGAUCUCAUGGAGGAUGGUAUCAAUUAUCAGGAGAUGCUACUUGAGAUGACUGGACAAAAAAGUGUGCCUAAUGUCUUUAUCAACAAAACCCAUGUUGGUGGCUGUGACAAGACAAUGCAGGCCCAUAAAGAUGGCAGAUUGCAUCAGUUACUGAAUGGAGAAACUGAAACCUAUGACUAUGACCUUAUUGUCAUUGGAGGAGGUUCUGGAGGACUGGCCUGUUCAAAGGAAGCUGCAAAUUUGGGGAAAAAGGUCAUGGUUUUGGACUAUGUUGUUCCCACGCCAAAAGGAACCACAUGGGGUCUAGGUGGAACGUGUGUGAAUGUCGGCUGCAUUCCCAAGAAAUUGAUGCAUCAGACUGCCUUGCUGGGUACUGCCAUGCAAGAUGCACGAAGGUUUGGCUGGGAAUUCGAUGAAACUGUCAAACACAACUGGGAGAAGAUGAAGACUGCAGUUAAUGACUACAUUGGCUCACUCAACUGGGGCUACAGGGUAGCACUGAGGGACAAGAAUGUCAACUAUGUCAAUGCUUAUGCAGAAUUUGUUGAACCUCACAAGAUCAAGGCAGUAAACAAACGAGGGAAGGAGACAUUUUACACAGCAGCUAAGUUUGUCCUGGCUACAGGUGAACGACCACGUUACCUAGGUGUACCUGGAGACAAAGAAUACUGCAUCACAAGUGAUGAUCUCUUUUCCUUGCCAUACUGCCCUGGGAAGACCCUGGUGAUCGGUGCAUCAUAUGUAGCCUUGGAAUGUGGAGGCUUCCUUGCUGGACUGGGUCUUGAUGUCACCGUCAUGGUGCGCUCUAUUUUGCUGAGAGGCUUUGACCAGGAAAUGGCAGACCGUGCUGGCGAAUACAUGGAGGAACAUGGUAUCAAAUUCAUCCGUAAAUUUGUCCCUGUAAAUAUAGAGGAGUUGGAAGCAGGCAGCCCUGGCAGGUUGAAGGUGACUGCUAAGUCCACAGAAAAUGAUGAGGUCAUUGAGGGAGAGUACAACACUGUGUUAAUUGCUGUGGGCCGAGACGCAUGCACUGACAAGAUUGGCCUAGACAAGAUUGGGGUCAAAGUUAACCCAAAGAAUGGGAAAAUUCCUGUCAAUGAUGAAGAGCAAACUAACGUGCCCCACAUCCACGCCAUCGGAGACAUCCUGGAGGGCAAGUGGGAGCUAACUCCUGUUGCUAUUCAGGCCGGAAAGUUGCUGGCACGCCGUCUUUAUGGGGGUUCAACACUCAAGUGUGAUUACAUCAAUGUCCCCACCACUGUCUUCACACCACUCGAGUACGGCUCCUGUGGUCUGUCUGAGGAGAGAGCCGUAGAGUUGUAUGGGCAGGAAAACCUUGAGGUAUACCACAGUCUCUUCUGGCCUUUGGAGUUCACAGUGCCGGGCAGGGACAACAACAAAUGUUAUGCCAAAAUCAUCUGCAAUAAAUUGGACAACGACCGAGUGAUUGGCUUCCAUUACCUGGGUCCCAAUGCAGGAGAGGUAACCCAAGGCUUUGGUGCAGCCAUGAAAUGUGGUGCGACCAAAGAGCAGCUGGACGGCACCAUUGGCAUCCACCCAACUUGUGCUGAGGUCUUCACGACUUUGGAUGUAACCAAAAGUUCAGGAGGUGACAUCACCCAGGCUGGCUGCUGAGGUUAAACCCUGCUCGUUUAGCAGAAUGCUUUCAUCUAGUUCACCAAGCCAUCUUCUCUUAGCUUCCAAGAAACCUCCACCUUCGAUUCCAGCUGUUCACUUUAGUGAACAGUUGUUUCUCAGGAUAAAUUGUACAAAGCGGCCAGCAUCUAAAAAGUACAGGUGCUCAUUUUUGGUUUAAUGAGAGCUAAGACAAUCUGUUUGAUGCUAAUUUGAUAUGAGGGCAUUCUGCUAAACAGCGGGGUUACUCUGCUGAAAAACUACUGGGCUCCAUUUGUGUCCUUCUUUGAGGAGCAACGGUGUACACAUCACUCGCAAUGUGUUUGUGUGUGCCUGAGCUGUUAUUGAUGUCCCUGCCUGUAACCCAAAAUGCUUUGGUGGGCAGGGAUUGAUGCCCCUCUUCAGAAGUACCUGGUGAUGUCCCAACCCCUACGUCCAACACCCGUUUCACCCCAGUACAAUUAUGUCAUCUGAGAGUAAUGAACCAAAUGGGCAAGCAGCAUAGAUUUCAUUGUGUAAUCCCUUUGAGCUUGACUGAUUCCCCAAACCAGAGGAGCUAGAUUAGGGAUUGACAUGACUGGUAAAAUUAAACGUGCUAGAAUCAGUCAAAGGCUGCGGCAUAAUUAACACCCACCCUGACACCAUGAAUUAAUCAUCAAAAUAACCCAUUCUCCCAAAUUGGGAAAUCUAACUUGUACGUACAGAACUGUACUGAAUGUCGUCUGAACUUCAUACUGAGUGCAUUUGCUCAUUUCAUCUUCCUACAUUGCCAUAUAUUUGUAUACCACAACUUUCCAGUUGUUUUGCAUUUCCAGUGCAAUACAAAAAAAAAUGUACAAAAAAAACACGUUUGCCCUACCCUGUCUGUAUAAUUACAUCUAAUCACAAAUUAAUGCGAUAUAAAUUGGAACAAUUCACUGGAUGCUGUUUGUACAGUUUAAUAUUUGUCUUGGUGUGCCCAAUUAUUGUAAAGAUCAUGUAACAGAUGUAUCAAAUAUUCUGUGGUGAUUUCCUAAAUCUUUUGAGCUUCUGGGGGGGUUUGUUUCUUUAUAUAUAUUUUUCUGUCUCAGGACACUCAAGCGUAUCUUUCAAGAAAAAUAAAGUACCUUUUUUUUUGUCAAA